UGCUUUUCUCCGUUUAGGGCAGGUACAAGCAAGUGAUCAAUUGUUUUAAUUAGCAAGCAGGUGCUUUGCAGGAAAAUGACCACUCAAGCCAAAAGUGAGCAAGACAAUUUUCGUCCAUCGGCAAACUUUCCCUCUAGCGUUUGGGGUUGCUCUUUUGCUUCCCUAUCCUUCCAAUAUUCGGAGUUUGAAUCACUUUGUAAAGAGGUGGAAAUAUUUAAAGAAAAGGUGAAAGAUAUAUUAAUGCAAUCUACAAGAGGAUUAAUCGAAAAUAUUGAAUUUAUUGAUAUAUUAUGCUGCCUUGGAGUGUCAUAUUAUUUUGAGAAUGAAAUUGAAGAACAAUUAAACCAUAUUUUCAUUGCUCUUCCCACUUUCCUCCAUGAAAAUGACUAUGACCUUCACGUUGCGGCGCUUCUAUUUCGGAUCUUAAGACAACAUGGUCAUAAAGUGACUUGUGACGUUUUUAACAAAUUCAAAGACAAUGAUGGACGGUUCAAGAAAACCAUCACCAAUGAUGUGAAAAGCCUCCUUGGCUUAUACGAAGCUAGCUUUCUAAGUGUGCAUGGAGAAGAUAUUUUAGAUGAAGCCCUUGCUUUUACAAAGCCAUACCUGGAAACUCUAGCUGAGCAGGCAAGCCCCCAUCUUGCUGAACAUAUAAAGAAUUCUCUGGUGUGGCCAAUCCAUCAAAGCAUGGAAAGACUAAAGAUUCACCAAUAUAUAUCCUUUUACGAAAAAGAGGAGUCUCGCAAUGAAACUCUGCUGAAGUUUGCAGAGUUGGACUACAAUCGAAUUCAAUUAUUAUAUAGACAAGAGCUAGCCAUUCUCUCAAGGUGGUCGAGAGACUUGAAUGUUAUGCACAAGUAUCCUUAUACAAGAGAUAGAAUUGUGGAGGCCUAUGUAUGGGCACUUGGAUGCAUUUGCGAACCUCAGUUUGGUGCUUCUCGGUGGAUGAUUGCUAAGUAUGUGCAAAUGGAGACAGUGCUAGAUGAUACAUACGACGCAUAUGGAACACUGGAUGAGCUCUAUCGUUUUACAGCGGCAUUUGAAAGGUGCAAUGUUGAUGGUAUUGAUGAUCACCUACCUGGGUACAUGAAAUAUCUUUACAAGGAUUUUUUGAAACUUUUUGAAGAGACGGAGAAUGAUGGCAAUGAACGAAGCUCUUUGAAAACCUCUUAUGCCAAGGAGAUGUUUAAAGAACUGACAAGAGGCUACAUAAUUGAGGCACAGUGGGCAAAAAAUGGGCAUGUGCCAGCAUUCGAUGAUUAUGUACAGAAUGGAUUAAUCGUAAGCACUUGUGAUGUCCUUGCUUCAGCAUUCCUCCUUGGAAUGAAGGAUGUAGGGAUUAAGGAAAUGGUAUGGAUACGAAGUAACCCAAAAAUUGUUAACUCUGCCAAGUUACUUGGAACUUUGAAGAAUGACAUAGCAGGCCACGAGGAGGAGCAAAAGCGGGGAGACUCUCCUUCAAGUGUGGAGUGCUACAUGAAGGAAUUUGGUGUGUCAAAAGAGAAGGCUGUUAAAGAGAUUGAUAAAAUAUUUGUAAAUGCAUGGAAGGACAUAAAUGAGGAACUACUUCUUCAGCCAAGACGUGUUUCAAAGAUUAUUCUCAAGUAUUUUCUCAACUUUGGACGCAUGUCAGAAUUUCUUUACAAGUUCCUUGAUUUCUACACCAACCCAUCAAGUAUGAAAGAUUAUGUCACAAAAUUAUUGGUUGAUCCAUUUUCAAUAUAAGAAUGGAUUGAGGAACUAUAUUUGUUGUGUUGUGGAGAAAACAUCAAAAUAAACUGAGUGAGCUGUCCCUUAGUCUGGGUAUUGUGGGUUAGUCUAUCGCCCAUAGUUUAGUCUGGCUUAUUUUGCUAAGUUUUUUCUUGUUUUAUUAGUUUUAAUAAGAUUAUGAAUUAAAAAAAAAAUAACCGAGUGAGCUGUGUCAUGUGUGUUCACUUUCAACUGAGUAAGAGAAAUGUCUCUCAAUGCAAGCAUGUUGUUUAUAGUUGAUAUGCUGAUUCUGUUUAUUAAUAAGAAUGUUUGCAACCAUUGGCAUCCAUUGCUCAAUGGCCUAGUGUUUAUUCUGUAAUGCAAAAAUCUAUUUAUUAAUAAUGUUUCAAAUUAACCAGUGGACAA